AGGCGGCGGCCGGCUCGGCCCAGCCUAGCCCGCAGCUGCGGCGGCGGCCGGGUGUGAGGGCGGCAGCGGCGCUUGGACCCGGCUCCUCACUGCCCUCUGCCGCUGCCCAGUUUCUCAUUUUGUCCGGGUGUCUACGCCGGGUUCGGCCAGCCCUCGCUCGCCGCUUCCCCCGCCAUGGCCCUGGUGCGGGGCGCCGAGCCGGCGGCGGGGCCCUCCCGCUGGCUACCCACGCACGUCCAGGUGACGGUGCUGCGGGCCCGCGGGCUGCGGGGCAAGAGCUCGGGCGCGGGCAGCACCAGCGACGCGUACACGGUGAUCCAGGUGGGCCGCGAGAAGUACAGUACGUCGGUGGUGGAGAAGACGCCGGGCUGCCCCGAGUGGCGCGAGGAAUGCUCCUUCGAGCUGCCGCCCGGCGCCCUGGACGGCCUCCUGCGGGCGCAGGAGGCGGACGCGGGCCCAGCGCCCUGGGCCACGGGCUCUGCAGCCGCCUGCCAGCUGGUACUCACCACCAUGCACCGCUCGCUCAUCGGCGUCGACAAGUUCCUAGGCCAGGCCACGGUGGCGCUGGACGAGGUCUUCGGCGCAGGCCGCGCCCAGCACACUCAGUGGUACAAGCUGCACUCGAAGGCAGGGAGGAAGGAGAAAGAGCGUGGAGAGAUCCAGGUCACCAUCCAGUUCACACGCAACAACCUGAGUGCCAGCAUGUUCGACCUGUCCGCGAAGGACAAGCCGCGGUCCCCGUUUAGCAAGAUCAAGGACAAGAUGAGGGGCAAGAAGAAGUUUGAUCUGGAAUCUGCCUCUGCCAUCCUCCCCAGCAGCGCCCUGGAGGACCCCGAGCUGGGCAGCCUGGGCAAGAUGGGCAAAGCCAAGGGCUUCUUCCUCCGCAACAAGCUGCGCAAGUCCUCCCUGACCCAGUCCAACACCUCGCUGGGCUCCGACAGCACCCUGUCCUCGGCCAGCGGGAGCCUGGCCUACCAGGGCCCUGGUGCCGAGCUCCUCACCCGCUCACCCAGCCGCAGCAGCUGGCUGUCCUCCGAAGGGGGCAGGGACUCUGCACAGUCCCCUAAGUUGCUCACCCACAAAAGGACCUACAGCGACGAGGCCAGCCAGAUACGAGCCGCUCCACCCCGGGCCCUUCUUGACCUUCAGGGCCACCUCGACGGGGCCUCGCGCUCCUCUCUGUGUGUCAACGGGAGCCACAUUUACAACGAGGAGCCCCAGGGCCCCCCGCGGCACCGCAGCUCCAUCUCGGGCCCAUUUCCCCCAUCCAGCUCCCUGCACAGUGUCUCUUCCCGGCCCUCGGAGGAGGGGCCCCGGUCCGCAGAUGACUCCUGGGGCAGAGGCAGCCGCCGCACCAGCAUCUCAGAGGCGGUACCCGGACAGGAGGAGCUGAGCUCGCAGGCCAAAGUGUUGGCCGUGGGAGCCAGCCGCUCUGGAGAGGAGGAGGGGGCCCGGCCCUCAGAGGGAAGGCCUGUGCAGGUCGCCACUCCCAUGGUGGCCUCCUCUGAGGCUGUGGCAGAGAAGGAGGGAGCCCGGAAGGAGGAUCGGAAGCCCCGGAUGGGCCUUUUCCACCAUCACCACCAGGGGCUGAGUCGGAGCGAGAUGGGGCGCCGAGGCUCCCUGGGGGAGAAAGGGGGUCCCUCUCUGGGGGCCUCCCCCCACCACUCAUCCAGUGGGGAGGAAAAAACCAAAAGUAGCUGGUUUGGCUUGAGAGAAGCCAAGGAACCAACUCAGAAACCCAGCCUGGACGUGUCUCCUCAGGUAGAACCUGACCCAGCCGCUCUUCCUCACCACCUCCCCUGCUCCCCCUGUGCUCUGGCCCCCCCCACUCCUGCUCCCACCGCUGCUCCCAUGCUAAGCACUAACCUUUUUGCAGCCGUGUCCCCCGCUGCUGCCACUGCUGCCGCUGCCACCGCCAUCCCUGAAGCCACCCCAUCUGGAUUCUUGGGUCUCACCAACCCGUUCCUCACCUCCCUGCAGAGCAAUCCUUUCUUCGAGGAGCUCAUAGCCGACAUAGCACUAAACUCUCCACCUGCUCCCUCUCUCCCCAGUGCCUCCAGGGCCAGCCCCACCCCCCUGGCCUCCCCUGAGAAAGCCCCGCCUGAGUGGGACGACACCUUCAACGUCUUUGCUGCCAGCAGGCUGCGUCCAGAGGCCAGGUGUGAGAUCCUGGCCCCUGCAGGAGUGGGGCUGGAGGCGACUGGGCUGCAAGACCCAGGCCCUGGGGCCAUGACAGUGAAGGCAGCUGAGCCCCAGGGGCCCCCUGGGGGCGGAGGAAGAGGUGGGAGCAGCGUGUGGCUGGAGCCCAGAGUUCCUCUGGACUUGGGACUGGACCAUCAGAGCACAAGUGCAGCUAACCUGGGGCGCCUUGGGUCAGAAGGGGCCCGCCUGACCACCAUGUCAGCCCAGCUGCACCCGAGAGCCUCGGACUCCGAAGCAGACAGGGAGUUGCCAGCCCCAGGAGGGGAAGUGGGGCAGAGUCCAGCAGACAGCGCGACGACGUCUCUGUUUAGCUCCCCAGAAGUGAUCAGCGUGUGGGAGAGACUGCCGGACCCAGACGGUGCUCCCGAAGGCCAGGACGAGGAGGCCUCCCAAGGUGGGAGCCAGAUUUUCUGUGAACUCAACCCCAUUGAGGACCCCUGGCCUUGGGAUGUGGUCACUGUUUCUCCUGCAGCUGAGACUUCACCAGUCCUGCGAGGAGAGUCUGAUGAGCUGCCUCCUCCCCUGAUGCGGCCAGAGUCACCAGAAACUGUGCGGCCAGAGCCACCAGAACCUGUGCGGCCAGAGUCACCAGAACUUGAGCGGCCAGAGUCACCAGAAUUUGAGCGGCCAGAGUCACCAGAACCUGUGCAGCCAGAGUCACCAGAAACUGAACAGCCAGAAUCAUUGGAACCUAUGCGGCCAGAGUCACCAGAACCUGUGAGGAGUGAGGGGUUUCCUCCACUGGAGCCAGAGCCCAAGUCCAAACCCAAAUGGGUGUCGGACAAGGGGCUGCAGCCCAACACACCACCUCCCAAGCCACCACGCCUCUUCACAGCCUCAGAUUCCCAGGAGCAGGAGGAGGCAGCGGCAGAGGACGAGGAGGAGAAGGCGGCAGGGGGGCUGAGUAGCAGGGGGUCAGAGACAGGAGAAGACACCUUUCCGAGUGCGCUGGUUGCUGGUCCCCAGGAGGCCAAGGACGAGGCCGAGAAACCCGAGGUGGAGUCUGACAGCCAUUCUUCCGCAGCCAUGCUGGGUGGGCCAGGCCUGGAAGAUCCAGCAGAGGAUGCCAGUCUUCCUGUGUCUGGGCCCUGCCUCUCUCUGCCCACUAGCUGCCCUCAGGGGUCUGCCCCCACACCCUCUUACUCAGAGAGCUUGGCUCUUCAGAGUCAGCAGAUCUGGAGGGCUCCGGAGAGAGAAGGCCCUGAGGCUCCCGAGGCCCAGAGCCAGGAGCCAGCCGGAGAGGGGCUUGGGUCCCUGACUGGCGGGUCCCUGACUUGCAGCUCCCUCCAGGCUCACCUGUGGGCCUCAGAGGAGGCUGCUUUGGACCCCUUCUUGUCUCAGGGGAGCCAAGACCCUCCCAGCCUCCCGUCCACAUCCCCUCCAGGGUCCAGGGAAUCUUCCAUCCAUUCUGGUCCAGAAGAGUUGCCCACCCCCCCAGAACCUGCCUUUCCACCGCCCCCUCUCCCACCCUGGGCCAGCCACCGCCACGGGGGGCCCAGCCCUCCAUGCCCUCCCCUGCCUGGAGCCUGGCCCUUGACCUCUUCCUCCCCACCCCCCGGGGAGCCAGCCUCCCCCACUGGGAGCUCCUCCCCCACCCUACUUGGGGAGGACCGUGCUGCAGUCACCCCAGCCUCCCCGCUUGCGCUUCUGCCCUUGGAGACACGACCAGCUGCGGAGCCACAGUCCAGUAGUGCCAGUCCCCACCCUGUGAAGCCCCUCAGUGCCGCCCAAGCAGAGGGCAGCCCCGACAGGAAGCAGCCCCGCUCCAGUCUGAGCUCAGCCCUGAGCAGUGGGCUGGAGAAGCUCAAGACAGUCACAUCUGGUGGCAUCCAGCCUGUGGCUCCAGCCCCCCAGGUUGGCCAGACCGUGGACACCAAGAGGCUGAAGGACUCGGGGGUGCUGGACCAGUCAGCCAAAUACUACCACCUGACCCACGACGAGCUCAUUGGCCUGCUCCUGCAGCGGGAGCGGGAGCUGAGCCAGCGGGACGAGCACGUGCAGGAGCUGGAGAGCUACAUUGACCGGCUGCUGGUGCGGAUCAUGGAGACCUCGCCCACACUGCUGCAGAUCCCCCCUGGCACCCCCAAGUAGCCUGCUUCACCCUGCCCCCAGAAGGGUUGGCGGCGGCCCACUAGCCAGCGGGGCUGGCGCCCUCCCUCUGUCCCUCCCACUGAACUUAGCCCACCCAGACCUGGGUGCAGCCCGGCCUCCGUGGCCACCCCUCGUUUUCUGUCUCUCCUGCCUCGAUGGGGCUACUUAGGGCUCCCACUGGCGACAGCAAGUUCUGUGUGCAUCGUGUGUCUUUGGGAACCCUGGGUCUUUCUCAUCUGCCUGUUUUCAUACCCUUGGCUUUGGGGGGGGGGGGUCCAAGGAAUUGGAACAAAGAAUUUCGCCCUCCAGAUGGAGCGGGGUGAGCUGCAAUUGAUGUGGUAUGUGGGACAUACUUUAUUACCCCUGUUUCCUCCACGGCUAAACCCCUGUCGUCGCCGCCUCCCUCCAGCCCUGGGAGGGCUCCUAGUAUCCCUGGGCUGUGGCAGGGACCCAGCUGCCCAAUUGUUUGUGAGUUAUGGGCAACCAGGGCACCUCCUCUUCAGCCUCCCGGCCGUUCCCCCAGGAGCAGGGGGCCUGUAUGGUCUCGUCUCGUCUCUGCCAUGUCUGCUUGUUUUCAGCUUUUGUGGAGUGCGGUGUGGAUGGAGGGAGGUGAUGUGUGUUCUCCAGGCCGCUCCCUGCCCUCCUCUUCUGACUUUGGCAUUGAGAGUGAGUGUGUGAAUGGGUGGAGAGCUGGGCCAGGUGUGGGGAGAGCACCUCCUCACCCACCCACCUCUGGGUUUUGGGCUGCUUGUGUUUGGGGGUCAAGCCUCCCACUCUGUUCUCGUUGCCUGUCCAGAAGCCAAAAACUCUGUGUUGCUGCAGGGUUUGAACUUUCGAAAACCAAUUAAAUGUGCCUUUUGUGGGUGGGGUCCAAACCCUCUGGAUGUAGACCUCUCCCCCAUGGUGGGGUCCCCCUCCCUUCCCAUUGAGCACACGGGGUUGGAUCUGUUGGGGCCCUGGGGGUUGGAAAGGAGAAUGGGGGCAGCCCUGCUGCACACUCUGCCCUCGCCGAGAAUUCAUUUCAGCUAAGGGUCUAGCCAAGCUGCUGCUGCUGCUGCCUCAGCCUCCCUGCCCUCCUCUCCUCCUCCCUCAACCCCAGUUGAUAAAGAUCCUAAGAUAAAAACUACACUCUGCAAGAGGGAGGUCCUACUCUGCCUACACUUAGAGAAAGCCUCUGCUGCCCUCCCAUCCCUCCACUAGCUGCUGACCAGCCUGUCCCUCCCGCCCCAUGGCCUUGCCUGGCUUGGCUGCAGUGCACUUUGAAACAAAGUGUCUGUCCUUUGGCCCUGCCUCUGGUUUGCUUGCAGAAAACACGACAGGCUUCCCCAUGGCACUUGCAGGGCAUCUGGGCUGGGGGCACUCUGCCUUAGCAAACAGUGUGGGGUGAGGAGGCGAGGUGGCUGAAGGGGCUAUCUUUGGUCCCUGGAGGAGGUGAGAGUUCCUCUGAGACCACCUCUUCUUCCUGAGACGGCCUGUGGGAUCCCUUGGAAAGCCUUGGAAGGGGAUGUGCUCUGUAGGUGACGUCUUCCUUCUGCCGGGAUGAAGCAGAGGAGACCCGCGCAGGGGGAAAACCCCUGUCCUGCUAUCUACCUUAAGAACCCCUCGUCAAAGUUGAGGAGUGUCCGCAGGUGCUCAAGACUUUGGGUGGUCAUGGGGGGUUGGAUGGGUCUCUCUCCAGGAGGAAGGGGAUCACUUUUCCACGAGAUGUUCCUCUGGGCCCUGUUCAGGUCCAGACCCUGGUCUUCCACUCACCCUUGAUCAUGGGCUUCCAAAGUGCCCAGGACAGGGAUGCCUUCAGAAGAGUUCUGAGUUGCAGCCCAGGGUUCUUGUCGGCUGUUUCUGCUCCUAGCCACAACUUGGAGGAGAGUUGCAGGUGGGGUGGGCAGGGAGCAGGCACAGUUCUGCUUUGCUUUUGUCUUCCUAGGUGUAGCUCCUGUUUAUAAAGAGCUUGUUCUUCAUGUUUUGAGCACUUUAUGAAGAAUAAAAAAUUAACAUACUGCA